AUGAUGUCGAGCUUCUUGCUGUUCCAAGUGACAGUCAUAUCCGCCUGGUUGCUAAUACUCUUUAUCAUCGACCGCAACCGCAAGAAAGGGACUAUACCUACCGUCAGACGGUGGCCAGCGCUGUUCCCGGAAUUCCUAGACCGACUGAGCUACAAUGACAAUGCCGCGCAGCUUGUGAAGGAGGGGUAUCGGAAGCACAAGGACCGACCGUUUAGGCUUCUGAAAAUGGACAUGGACCUGAUUGUCAUUCCCUUGAAAUAUGCUUCAGAACUACGCUCCAUCACAAGCGACAAGCUGGACCCCCUGACAGCAAGCUUCGACGACAAUGCUGGCAAUCUCACCGGCAUAUUGCUCGGGAGCGAACUCCAUUCAGAUGUCAUACACCGGUGCUUGACACCAGGACUUCCGCGAAUAAUUCCGGUGAUUGUGGACGAGCUUGGACAUGCGUUCGACCAAUUAUUGCCCCAGUGCGAGGGCGCAUGGGUUCCGGUCAGCCCGUACGACAUGGUACUUGAUCUCUCGACUCGCGCUGCAGCCAGGGUCUUCGUUGGAGAGCCCAUUUGCCGAGAUGAAAUUUUCCUCGAAACCUCCGCCUCUUUCAGCCGAAAUACGUUCGACACAAUUGCCACCUUCCGCAAUCUCGGCAAGACCAUUGGUUCCAUGUUUGGAGCCUUGGUUCCCAGCGUCAGGCAUGCGCGUGAGCAGCUGUUGUACGUCCAGCAGCUUCUCGGCUCAGAGGUAGAGAGAAGGCGAGCGUGCCCUGACGAGAAACACGACGACUUUCUCCAAUGGUGCAUGGAUUUGGCACGGAACAAGGAAGAAGCGAAGCCAGAAGCCUUAGCACACCGCACGCUCGGGAUUUUGAGCAUGGCUGUCGUCCACACAACUGCCAUGGCUACCACUCACAUGCUUCUCGACCUGAUGGCCAACCCCGAGCUGCGAGAGUCUGUCAGAAGAGAGCAGGAAGAGGUCUUAACAACGGGUUGGGCGGGAAUCAGUCAGAAGGCUAUGCUUGAUAUGAGCCUUCUGGAUAGUCUAAUGAGAGAGUCGCAGCGCUUCAAUCCAGUGGGCGAAUUCACCUUCAGGCGCGUUGUCAGGAAACCAAUUUCAUUGUCAGAUGGUUACCAGCUGCAACCGGGGCAACAGAUUGCUCUGCCAGCGAAGAAUAUCAACAUGGAUGACGCCAUCAUAAGUGAUGCUGAAUUCUUCUAUCCAUCUCGAUGGACGCAUCAAAAGCAGGCAUCCGCGUCAUUCGCACACAGUAGCUCAACUAACUUGCACUUUGGGCUAGGGCGAUAUGCCUGUCCGGGACGCUUCUUCGCCUCGUACGUGAUCAAAGCGAUCACAAGUCGAAUCCUGCUCGAAUAUGACUUCAAACUUCAAUGCGGUCCCAACACUUCCCGUCCGCCAAAUAUCAUUCAAGGCGACAAGAUCCUUCCUAACCGGGACGUAAUUGUCCUCUUCCGUCGCCGCGGCACUUAG